AUGGUGUUGUGUGUACGUGCGGCAGAAAGAGGAGGACUUGAUCCGGAUGUUGGCCGGAAGCGGGCGGAGCUGCUGGACUGGAAGCGGCGGUACGAGGUGGUGCUGGGGGUUACGCAGGGGCUGCUGUACCUGCACGAGGACGCGCACACGCCCAUCAUCCACCGGGACAUCAAGCCCGCCAACAUUCUCCUCGACGAGCGCUGGGCUCCCAAGAUCGCCGACUUCGGCUUAUCCCGCCUCUUCCCGGAGGACCUCACCCACAUCAACACCGAUCUAGCCGGCACCAUUGGCGAUUUGGCCCCCGAGUACGUCAUACAUGGCUCCCUCUCCACCAAGUCCGACGUCUUCAGCUUCGGUGUUCUCGUCCUCGAGCUCAUCUCCGGCCAGACGAGUAUCUCUUUCAUCCUUGAAGCGGAAGCUGCUCGGAGCCUCCCCGAAUGGGCUUGGGAGCUCUACAAGAAGGAUCAGUGUCUGGAGAUGUUGGAUCCUGCCCUGAGAUCCUCAGCAGUUCCAGAACAAGUUGAAAUGUGUGUGCAGAUAGGACUCCUUUGCACUGAGUUGGACCCCAAGCUGAGGCCUGACAUGAGGCGGGUGGUGAAGAUUUUGUCCAAAAAGCCAAGCACACUAGAAAAGCCCAUCAGGCCUGACAUCCCUGGGUCCAGGUGCCGCAGAAGAGCUUAUAGACCCCAAGGUUCCGACCAUGCCUUGGGUGCGUCCUCAUCAGGCACGAUCAAUGCCUCCAACUCUGCUUAUAACCAUGCCUCCACUUCCAAAGCAAAAGAGGCUACCACCUCGACCACCACCACCAAUGCAAGCACCCAGACGCCACCUUUGUAUCAAGAACAACAUCAUAUCCAACACUACCAACACUUCCUCUCAGUAUCUCAAGGUUUCUGAAGUCUAGCAAGUGGCAAAACCAUAGCCAAUGUACAGAUAAUGACUUUCAUAUGGAUCAAAAGAUUUCUUAUUUUGGAUAUUUGUUUUCUGGUUAUGUAUAUAUAGAUGAUUGUUUAAAUUUUUAAAUUUAAAGCCAUGUAUCAGCCUUUAGACUGCAGGAAGGAAAAAACCCAUGCAGAUUGUUUCUUUCUUCUCACAGGGUUUGAGUUGGGAGGCGUGGUUGAUAAAGCCAUGCAUAAAUGGACAGCCCAAUUCAUGGAACGGGUAGAAUUUUCAGCCUAAUCUUAUAAAAAUAUGGAAGCAUGCUCUUAUCGGAAUGAGCUAUUACUGGAAACUGUUAAAAUAAGCUGUCGGAUUUUGGCAGAGACUGCAAGAAAGAAUACUACCAUCCUCCAAAAUUU